ACAAAAAUUGUUGUGAAAAGAUUCAAGAAUUGUCUCCACCCCACAAUCCCACUGCUGUCUUUUUACUGCAACCACCCACCCCUUCAAAAUACCCCUACUUACAACCCCAUAUCAUCAUCAGACUCUUCUUGGAACUGUGCUAUUAGUAGUAAUAAUAUUUUACAUAAAGUAGUGAAAUUUGUUACAGAAAAUGCCCAUAUAGUCUUUUGGGUGGAUUCUCAAACUUCCACCCACCAAAGGGGUCCCUACUCUACCCACAAACCCAAAUCAUUAUUGGGUUAUGUUUGUUAUGGUAAUUUUUACAAAAAAAGAAAGUGGAGAAGAAUCAAAAAAGAAUGUAAAGUUUGAAGCUUUUUCAUAUUCUUUUGGAUGAUCACAGAAAGAAUGGAGUUUUUUGAUUGAUUGGAGAUUUUAAGUAUGGAAACUACAGUGGCUGGCUUGUCUUGUUUUCAGUGUUAUUCAUGUAAUGGUGAAAGUUUGUGUUUAUUACAGUGGGAUGUUGGAUUUGGAAAGAAACUGUGUCAAUUGAUCUGCUCCAUCUGCUCCAACUUAAAGAAAGAUAAAAGUAAACUUAUUGAGGGGAGACAGUAAAUUGAUCUGCACCAACUUGUAGAGUUGUAGUUCUAGCAAUUUUCCUUGACAAAUGAGGUUAAAUCCUUGUUGGUGUUGCUGAUAUUGAAGGAAGGAUUGUAGAGUAUGAAGAAUGUUAAUUGUGUCAGCAAAAGGGGAAGACGUCAGAUUAUUUGAGUGUGUGCAAGAUAAUGAACUGCCUAAGCUUGUCGGAACAUAUUCUGAUGGAUGAAAUGGUUACAUCUCCUGAAUCCCUUGCAACUAAGGAUCACACAUCGAGUGUCCAUUCAUUACGAGCUGGAGAAGCUGGACAGAAGCCUGAUACUGGAAAUAUCGAAGAAGCUGAAUCAUCUUUGCGUGAGAGUGGUUGUUUGAAUUAUGAGGAAGCAAGAGCAUUACUAGGAAGAUAUGAAUACCAAAAGGGGAAUAUAGAGGCCGCUUUACAUGUUUUUGAAGGAAUAGAUAUUGCCUCAGUGACUCCUAAGUUGAAACUUGCCCUUGCCGAAAGAGUGCAAACUAAAAAGAGACGUUCACGGAGUUUUUCUACACCACCAUUAUCCAUAAACGCUGUGAGUUUGCUCCUGGAAGCAGUCUUUCUCAAAGCGAAAUCAUUGCAGGCUCUUCAGAGGUACAAAGAAGCUGCUCAAUCAUGUACUGUAGUUCUCGACAUUCUUGAAUCUUCAUUACCAGCAGGCUUGCCUGAAACCUUUGCUACUGACUGUAAAUUGCAGGAUACUCUCAACAAGGCUGUUGAGCUGCUUCCUGAAUUAUGCAAACUCGCAGAUGCUCCUCGAGAAGCAAUUAUGUCAUACCGUCGAGCUCUACUGCAUCAGUGGAACCUUGACAUUCAAACUACUGCAAAGAUUCAGAAAGAAUUUGCCAUCUUUCUUCUCUAUAGUGGAGGCGAAUCGUGUCCCCCUAAUCUCCAGUCUCAAAUGGAUGGUUCAUUUGUCCCCCGAAAUAAUAUUGAAGAGGCUAUUCUUCUCUUGAUGAUAUUAUUGAGAAAGAUUUCUCUACAAAGGAUAGAGUGGGACCCUUCGAUUCUUGAUCAUCUCUCGUAUGCAUUAUCUAUCUCAGGGGGUUUAAAGACUUUGGCUAGCAAAGUAGAAGAAUUGCUUCCCAGAACUAUAGAUCAGCAAGAGAAGUAUCUAAUUUUAGCUCUCUGUUACUACGGAGGAGGAGAUGACUUCACUGCAUUGAACUUGUUACGGGAACUGUUGAGAAGUACAGAGGAUCACAUCUGUGUUCCAGGUUUGUUAUUGGCUUCAAAAGUGUGUGCUGAAAGCCCAGAUUGUGCAAGCGAGGGGAUAAUUUAUGCUCACAGAGCUAUUGAAAGACUGCAAGAAAGAUGUAGUCAUUUGUUGGGUGUUGCCAAUUGUGUAUUAGGACUCUCACUUACAGCUCAUUCUAGAACAGUACUGACAGAUUCUGAGAGGGUUAAGAUACAUUCAGAUGCACUUAAGUCCUUUGAAUCUGCUGGAAAGCUGACAAAGAUGAGUGAUACUAAUGUCAUUUACCAUCUUUGUCUAGAAAAUGCCGAACAAAGGAAGUUGGAUGUCGCAGUCCAUUACGCAAACUGGUUUCUUAAACUGGAAGGUGGCUCUACACUGAAAGGAUCGAUGCUUUUGGCUCGGGUAUUAUCAGCUCAGAAACGGUUUCUGGAUGCUGAAACUAUCAUUAAUGUUGCCCUAGAGCAGAGUGGAAAGUGGGAUCAUGGAGAACUGUUGAGGACCAAAGCUAAGCUCCAAAUCGCGCAGGGUCAAGUGAAAAAUGCUAUAGAAAUAUAUACUCAGAUUCUUGCUAUUCUUCAGGUUCAGAGAAGAAGCUUCGGACUGGGGGAAGAUCUCGAGCAGGAGUCUGGAGACCAUUGCAGAACAUUGGAGCUGGAAACCUGGCUGGAUCUUGCUUCCAUCUACAUUAAAUUAUCUCAGUGGCGAGAUGCAGAGAAGUGUCUUUCCAAAACUGAGACUAUCAGUUCAUAUUCAGCUUGUAGAUUGUAUACUGCUGGUUUGCUUAACCAAUCGAAGGGCCUAUAUAAAGCAGCUCUGGGAGACUAUUCCAAUGCUUUGGCUGUUAAUCCAUAUCAUGUGCCAAGUCUGGUAUCAAGUGCAGUGGUGCUUAUGAAGAUAGGUAAACAGUCUCCUGCAAUUAUUCGAAGCCUUCUAACAGAAGCACUACGUCUUGAUCGGAUGAAUGCUUCUGCAUGGUAUAAUCUAGGCCUGUUAUACAAAGAGGGAGGUUUAGGUUCAGCCGCGGAAGCUGCUGACUGUUUUGAAGCUGCUAUUAUUCUGGAAGAAACUGAACCUGUUGAACCAUUUAGAUGACUUCCUCCCUGUACAUAAUUUAUUACAGAUAUUCAAGUUGGUGCAUCGAAUGAAUCCAUCUCGGAAGCUGUGAAAUGUAUAGUGCAAUAAGAGUGGGAAAAAUAUCAAUAUUUCUUGUGUUUAUUGACCAUAUUUUUGAAGCUGGUGCGUCAAAAGAGUUCAAAAUUGUACUGCACAGACCUUACUACCUCAUGUUUGCAGGAACAAAGUCCUAACCUUGUUGUUCUGAGUUCACCUCACAAUAGCAUUCUCGAGGGGUUCAACAUAAAAGAGCAGUCUGCUGCACGAAGUAUCUUGCAUUAACAUUGAUGUGGAGAAGGACCGCACGACAAGAGGGUGUAAUGUAGGGAGCUCAAUCCUGAUACAGGUUAAUUCUACGACACAAACUUGUGACCUAUAGGUGUCACAAACAGACAACUUUACUGUUACACAUAUCUCCUACCACAACAGAGAGAAGAAUCAUCAUAAUGAGUUGUCUUUUUGUUUGUUUGUGUAUGGGAUCCAUAUUAUGUAUAUGACAUAAACAAAGAAUUUGUUUUGCCCAUGAUAUAUUUAUUUUAUUAAUGAUAAAUUUAGUUGAGUGAUUUUAGAAGAUGAAAA